AUGACGGCGCCGGGGCCGCCUUCGGACGGCGUCCUCUGCUGCUUCAACGCCUCGGGGGAGAGCUUCGCGAUCGCAUCCGCCGACGGUCGCCUCAAGACGUUCGACACAUCGAAUGGACGGCUCCGGUUCACCGUGGUGGCGGGCGCCGCCGUCGCGAGUGCCAGCGGUGGCGCGGCCAGACCCGCUGGCGGAGGCGCGGCUGAUCAACAGACGUGCCUGGCGUGGGGGCACUACGCGGUUGAGGAGGAGGAUGGCAGGAAGAAGAGAAAGAAGAGGGGGGGAGGUGUGCAGCACGAGCUCCUGUUUGUGGGGACAGCAUCUGGGACCCUGAAGGCAUACGACACAACCCUGGGGGAGCUGCGGUGGAGUGUGGCCAACUGCUGUGAAGGUGGCGUGAGUUGCAUCGCUUUCUCUCCACUUGGCGGUGGCGCAGUCUACUGUUCUGGUCCAACAGCACUGGUGGUGGAGGUAGAUGCUUCGUCAGGAAAGAUCAACCGGCGGCUGAAGGCGGGAAAGCACCCUCUCAAGUGCAUGGCCCUUGUCCCAGGUUCACAACAGAUUCUUGUUGGCAGCUCAAGCCUUGCACUGUGGGACCUGAAUGAGAAAGAGAGCAGGGCGAAGUUCAUGGGCCACCCGACACCCGUCCGGACACUGGCAUUCGAGCCGAGUGGCACCUUUGCCAUUUCUGCAGCUGAGGGUGAACGCCACCUGGCCGUGUGGUCCAUGCCAAAGCACCCCAAGAAGAAGAAGAAACUGUUGGCAACUCACAGCCUGCCGAUGGAACACCCGGCGGGCAUGUUGGAUGCUUGCUCCACGUCUGGCUCAGACGAUGCUGACGGCUUCAGUGCAUUGGGGCUGUCCCAGAGCGGUGAGGUGUACGUGUGGGAGUGCAAGGUUGGGGAGAAUGACAAAAUGGAGGGAAAAUUGUGCGGCAAAAUCAAGGUUGCCAACGAUGACGGGUCGUCUUCCAACAGUGACACCAUCCUAAGUGCAAGAAUCAAAGCAGGAUCUGAAGGCCCCACUGUAUUGCUAGUGCAUGGGAACAUGGUGAAGCCUGUGUUCGAGGAACAAAGGCUUCAGGUGGGCGGCAAGAGGCCCCUGCAAAUCAGCAUCAAGCCCGAGACAGCUGGACUUCUGCUACCGACCCCAGAUCCUCAUGCCUCCAGGGAAGGGACAAAGGAUUCCAGGAAGAGGGGAAGGGAAGUUGUGGUACUUGGCCCUGACGAUGCUAGUGAAGGGCUGAUGCUUGGCAACUUUCAGACAGGACGGCUUGAGAGCCUGGGAAAUGAGGAAAGCAGCGGCAGCAAGCUGACAAAUGCAUCGAAGCGGAGGAAACCCCUUGCCGAAGGCCAUGCUGCUGUGGUGGAUGAAGGGGUUUUGGAUGUUAGUGAUCAGGAUGGCAGGGGGAGAGAGAACAGAGACGAUGUCGAGUUGACUCUGGGGGAGCGAGUGGAGUUGUUGCAACGCAGGGAUGCUGGGGAAGGUCAGGCUCAGGGCCCAGAGAAGAGAACUAGAAUGACUGCAGACUCGUUAUCAGUCUUGCUGACACAAGCAGUGCGAAGCGAAGACAAGGUGCUGCUUGAGAAAUGCCUCAUAGCCAAGAAGGGUGAUGCAUUAGUGAGGUCCACCAUCCGGGAGCUGCUCCCCUCAGAUGCAGCCACACUUCUGUGGAUGUUAGUGGGCAGGCUACAGGCAAAGCCGUCCAGGGGCACGAACCUGGCCAUGUGGAUCCGUGAGACAUUGAUACAUCAUGCGGCAUACCUUAUGCAGGCACCAGGUGUCAUGCCGGUCCUUACUACCCUGUAUCAGUGCAUCGAGGCACGCUUGGCACUCUUCUCCCCCAUGCUGUCCCUCCAAGGGCGCUUGGACCUCACCCUUGGGCAGAUGAAGCUCAAGGAACGGUCAGAAGAGCAGCGCCAGCAGCUGGCGACGAAGCCAAUGGUCAUGUACGAGGAGAGCGAGUCUGAGGAAGAGCCCGAGGUGGAAGAGGUAAACAUUGAGGCCGUGGAUCAUCAAGACGCUGACAGCGAGGAUGGCAGCGAAGCAAGUUUGGGUGAUGGGAGCGAAGAGAGUCAGGACAGUGGGGAGAGCGAACAGGGGAUUUGA